AUGAAGACGGCCAACCACACAGAGGUGAGAGAAUUUGUUUUCCAAGGUUUCUCCAACUUCCAUGAACAUCAGCUCACACUCUUCGUUGUGUUUCUGAUCGUGUACAUCCUAACUCUGGCUGGCAAUGUCAUCAUUGUGACUGUGAUCCAUAUCGACCACCACCUCCACACCCCCAUGUACUUCUUUCUAAGUGUUCUUUCCACGUCGGAGACUUUCUAUUCCCUGGUCAUUAUCCCACGCAUGCUUUCUGGCCUUGUAGGUCUGAGCCAAUCCAUCUCCCUGGUGGGCUGUGGGACUCAGCUCUUUUUCUUCCUUGGUUUUGCCAUCACCAAUUGCUUCUUGCUAGCAGUAAUGGGGUUUGAUCGCUACGUGGCCAUCUGCAACCCUCUUCGUUACUCAGUCGUCAUGAACUGGAGAGUCUGUACCAUCCUGGCAUCCUCGGUCUGUGCCUCAGGGUUCUUGCUCUCUCUGAUUCAGGCCGUGGCCAUUUUCAGACUGUCUUUUUGCAACUCACUAAUUGAGCAUUUCUUCUGUGAUGUUCCACCUGUGUUGGACCUAGCCUGUGCUGCUCCAAUCCUUAACGAUAUCCUGACCUUAAUUAUCACCCUGUUGGCCCUCACAGCCCCUUCCACCUUCAUCUUCAUCACCUACAUCCUCAUCAUCGCCACCAUCCUCAAGAUCGCCUCAGCUGAGGGCAGGAAGAAGGCCUUCGCCACCUGUGCCUCCCAUCUCACAGUGGUCAUUGUCCACUAUGGCUGUGCCUCCAUUGCCCACUUCAAGCCCAGGUCUGAAGACAACAGGGAUCAGGAUCUGUUAAUCUCAGUGACCUACACGGUCAUAACACCUUUACUGAACCCUGUGGUGUACAGUCUGAGAAACAAAGAAGUCCAGGAUGCUCUGAGGAGGUUGAUGGGUAGGAAAUCCCUUCCCUAA